AUCGGCUCCACUUAACAAACAAUCGAUUGCACAGUCACAGUCGAUUUCCAUACCGUGAAAGUGCUGAACGCUUUUUUGCUAAAUGACAAGUCGCGUAAAUUUUUUAAGAAAAAGUGUGUUAACAAAGUGAAAGAUAAAUAAUAUUAUGAGUUCUUUUUGCUGUGUAUAAUGUAUUAGGUGCACGUAAAGUCACCUUGGCUUAUUGUAUCACUCAUUCACGCGCCAAUCAGUAAGGAUUUACUUUGCAUUUCAGAGCAACUCUUAGGAUUCGCCUCUCUUCUUCUGCUGUACGAGCCACGUGCGUAUUAUUUAUGCGUAGACAUUCUGGCGCCGCUAGCUCAGCUCCAAUACAUCGCAAACACAAAGAGAGUAAGCAAAGGCAAUGCAAAGCCAACUGCAAAGACACAGACUCGGAGAACGAGCGAGUGAGAUGGAGUCAUACGAAAGGAAUCCAAACGUAAACAUUUUAUGAAGCGCGCGCUCUCUCAGAAAUGUGUGAAGAGUCGUGGCGAACGGACGUGCGCUGCGCCCGUGGACCGCAUCGAGCAACUAUUUUAUUUUCCACCUGCUAAAUAAACACAUACACUCGCACACAAAUAGACGCACACGUUAAACGUUAAGCAAGCGCGCGCAAAACUGAAAAGAAAAGUAAUCAAAACGAAGUGAAAACCGCGCAACAAUAGUUCCAUGCGAAAUUGUGCAAAGAUAUUUGAAACAAAAAAUAAAAACAAAGAAAAUAAUUUAAGCAAUAACAAAUUAAAGUUAAGUGAAAAAUCAAUGCACGACCAAAAGUCGAAUAACGAAAACUGACGCACAGAUACACACAAGCACACACAAACAAACAGUAACAGAAACUGGCUGCAGCCACGCACACGUGGGCUUACACACACUGACACACAGGCACACGAACAUCGACAUAAAAGUGCACACAUACACGCACAGGCAGACAAGGCGAAAGCCUAACAAAGUGAAAGUAACGAAAUUAGCAACACAAUAGAAAAACAAACAGUGAAAACAAGCGCAUAAAAAAUGCACACGAGCGGGUUAAGAAGUGUGUUGAAGGCAAAAGAAAGCGUAAGGACGGACGCAGUAACGGUGAAAGUGUAAUCAAUUUAAUGUCGCAUACUUUUGGGCUGAACAGUAGAAGACGACAGCUUUAUAGCCAGCUGCAAACUAAGUGCGCCCACUGUAAUUUUUACAGCUACCGUUAGAGAAACAAAAGUAACAUGCACGCAAUAGCAGCAGUUUCCGUUACUGAGCGAAGCUGAACUAGCAAAAAAUGCUGCCAUUUAAACGGCAAAGGCAUGCAUAAAGAACAACUCGCACAGAAAAAGUAGUGCAAUAAUAACGAUCCCGUUACUGAGAGCUUUACUCAUUGCAUGCAAAAAAAGCAGCAAAAACCACAACAACAACAACAUUCAGAUGAAUAACAACAACAACAGGCGGCAAACAGCAGCCGCAUAGUGUAGAAACGUGUGCAAGAUAAACACGCAAAACAAAGCGAACUGGGUCAGUGUGCGAAAGACGCGCGGGGGUAUAGUGAAUGGCGCAAGAUUAAAUGGUGGCACAUGCACGUGCAUGCAAAAAUGUGCUGAAUACUUAAUGUCCAAAGACGCAGCACCAGCAGCAGCACUAACAACAGCAGUGGACUGACGAGCUGAUGGGGCUGCAAUGGGCAACAAAAGCAGCAGCUGCUGGGCCUACACUGAAAACAAUGUUGAUGAUCAAUCAAUCUAACUGGCUGCCUGUGCAGCUUUUGCAUAUGCGAAUGCAAUAAAAUUUAAGCUGAGCGAAGCAGCCGCUGCCUUAAGUGCUGCAACGGAAAAGCUACUGAUUGCAACUGCAACUGCAGCUGCAGCUGCUGAGAAUUUAAUUAAGGACACAAAAGCGAGCUCGACCAAAAAAAGAAAAAAGGGCAGGAAGGGAAAGAAAAAAGUAGGCGUGGGCGCGGCAGUUGCCAUAAAUCAGCCACUGCUGGUGCGCGGUGGGCAGCAGUGGAAGCAGCCUUUCAUUGAAGUUCAACCUAGGCCAGGCAACGACCUCAAAGCAGCGAGCAGACGUUUGGGGCGCCUUCCUGCCGCGUACGUGCGGCCAGCAGCUGGCCAAUUAGUCGCCGCCUCCGAACAGCCAGCGGUAAUAAUUUUGGCUCCAUUGAACGUCAGCCUGAUGACUGCCGCCAAGAGACGUGCAGCAACUGGCAGCAGCAGCAGCAGCAGCAGCAACAGCAACAGCAACAUCAACAGCGAGCAGCAGCCAUUGCAGCAGCAGCAGCAGCAUCAUCAUCAUCAUUCGUAUCAGGAUGCGGAUCAGCAGGCGCACGAGUACCAGCAGCUGUUGCAGCAUCAACAUCAUGGCCAUAAUCAACACCAGCAGCAGCAGCACCAUCAGCAGCAGCAGCUGCACCAACAUCAUCAUGCACAACAAUACCACCAGAGACAACAGCAGCAGCAGCAGCACCAGCAGCAACAGCAGCAUCAUCAACAGCAUCAGGCAUCCGCAUCAGCAACGGCGACACUGCGCGAUUGUUCUGUCAAAUUGCCGCUGGACAUCCUUUGGUUGCCCAAGUCUGCGAUGCGCCCCGUUGGCGCUGAUGCCUCGCACUCGGACUGCAUUCUGGUCGUCGGCGUCUCCCGUCCAAAGCUGGCCGCUGUCUUUCUAACGGUCAUGCUAAUCUCAUUGUUUCUCACGUUUCACGUGCUGUACGAUAGCGCCGUCUACAAUAUACAGGCAGCACAGGCAGUUCACGAACGGCAUCGGCUCUCCCUGGCAGCCUCCGCAUCGGCAGCUGCGUAUACCGCAUCCAAUGCCAAUCAUUUGCCAGUGUUUGUGAAGCCUGUGGCCAGCUCAAAUCAGCUGAGUCAUCCCAUGGUAUUUCCCUCCAGCCGCGUACACUUCCCCAAGACCAGCCGUCGCCUGCCCCAGGCCCUGAUAAUUGGCGUACGCAAGUGCGGCACUCGAGCCCUGCUCGAGAUGCUCUAUCUGCAUCCGCGCAUCCAAAAGGCGGGCGGCGAGGUGCACUUCUUCGACCGAGAUGAAAACUAUCUGAGGGGCUUGGAAUGGUAUCGCAAGAAGAUGCCCCAUUCGUUUCGAGGCCAAAUAACCAUCGAGAAGAGUCCCAGCUACUUUGUCUCACCCGAGGUGCCAGAACGUGUGCGUGCCAUGAAUGCUAGCAUAAAAUUGCUUUUGAUUGUGCGUGAACCGGUGACCCGCGCCAUCUCGGACUAUACACAGCUGCGUAGUCAUGCGGCUACGGCGAUAUUGCCGCUGGCCGAGAGCAAUGCGCCUGGCUCGGGCUAUGGUGCCAAGAUGCCUCCAACCACAACGUCGCUCUAUGCCAAACUGCAGGCGGCCCAUGGCCCAUACGACAAUGCACUGGGCAGCGGUGCCGGCGCCAAGGAAACCAAGCUGAGAGCAACUGCAGCUAAAAGACGUGCAGCUCCUUCGGCGGCUGUAACAACCAUGAGCACGCCCACAACCACGCCCAGUGCAGCGCAACUGGCGGCAAAAUCCUUCGAGGAGCUGGCCAUAUUUCCGAAUGGCACUGUCAACGAAGCCUAUCGUCCUUUGAGCAUAUCCAUGUACCAUGUGCACUUGCAUCGCUGGCUGGAGGUGUUUCCGCGCGAGCAGCUGCUGGUGGUCAAUGGCGAUCGUCUGAUCGAGGAUCCGCUCUCUCAGCUCAAGCGCAUUGAAGCGUUUCUCGGCAUCGAGCAUCGCGUGCGCAGCGAACAUUUCUAUUUCAAUGAGACAAAAGGUUUCUAUUGCCUGCGCUACGACAAUGGCGAUCGUUGCUUGCGCGAGACCAAAGGUCGCAAGCAUCCGCAUGUCAAUCCCGUGGUCGUGUCGCGCCUACGCAAAUUCUUUGCCGAAUACAAUCAGCGCUUCUAUGAGCUGGUGGGCGAGGAUCUUGGCUGGCCCGAGGAGUAACUGAAUUGCAACAGCGAGAAACAUGGACUGAAACGAAUUGGAAAUGGAUAUGGAAAUGGAAGUGGGAAAAACCAACAGCAUUUUCCUGACUGCACUUUAAUUAUAAAGCAAAAAACAAAAUAUAUACUGCGUGCAGCAGCUGGGACACGCAGCAGGGCGCCAUCUUACCCUCUCUCCCACUCUAUCUCCUCCUCUCUGUCUGGCUGCCUGCCAACGCGGCUGACAGUUCAAUUAUGCGAACUUUGGCGCCCACGAAAUGUUUUAUGCGAAAAAAGAUGCCCGAAACGCAGAUUUUCAACAGUACAAACGAAAAUAGAGAGAGACAGAGACAGAGUGUGUGUGAGAGGGAGAGAAUGUGGUGCAGCAAAGCAUGAAAAUGCAUGGAAAAAAUAAUAUAUAUAAAAGCAAUAUCUACAUGAUGAAUGGCAAGACAUAAAUAAAGAGAGCGAAAGAGCGAGCGAGAGAAAGCUGUAGAGAGCUGAAGUGUAUGCAUGUGUGAGCGAGAUAGAGAGAGAGAGUGUGUGGAUAAAAUUUAUUUAAGCAACUAAAUGUGAUUUUAUAGCAUAUAAGCGUUAAACAAAAUGCAAAUUAGUUUGAAAUUCAAUUCAAGUAACCCAAAGAUAAAAAAACCGUCGGCUGAAUUAAAAGUGU